AUGAAGUUUCUGCUCGUGUCUCUGCUGGGGUUUAAUCUGGUCGUGGUCAUGGGGCACUGGUGUGAACGUGUGGUGGAGGAGAAGGUGGAGAGGUUGGUCUCCCCCCGUGUUCAGCGUGAGGUGGAAUGUUCUGCCGUCUAUCAGUUCAACACUCAGGGCUGGAGGCUGGAUGUGGAGCGAAUGAGGCACGAACACGGAGGAGACGACGGCAUCGCACUUUAUUACAAGAGACAGGGACCUAAAGCUUCCUGUUACAUAUUCAAGCCUCCAGACAUUGAGACAGAGACAGUGAACCGGACGGUCAGACAGUGUUGUGAAGGCUGGGCCGGACCUGACUGCUCACAGGGGGUUGGUGCCCGGGGUCAGUGUUUCUCCACCUGGACGUGUGAGGAGUUUCCCGGGCUUCAUAACACAUCUCUGAUGGCUCUGGAGCAGUGCUGCAGUAACCUGUGGGGCUUAAGCUGGAGAAACGCAUCCGAUCAGACCUGUCUGUCCUGCACCUACACGCUCCUGCCAGACAUCAGCUCUUCUCCUGUGGUUCGUGGAGGGCUGUUUCGCGGUGUUCGUGGUCUGCAGGCGUCUGGCACCUGUAUGAGCUGGGGCGGGACACACUACCGCACCUUUGACCGGAAACACUUCCACUUCCAGGGUAGCUGCACGUACCUGCUGGCCUCAUCCACUGACGGGACGUGGGCCGUGUAUAUGAGCACAGAGUGUGAUCCUGCGGGACACUGCCGGAAGGGACUGCGGUUGAUGUUGGGUCUUGGCUUGGUGUCCAUACAUAAAACCAAUAUGACUGUUAAUGGUUUAACACUACCGCAGGGUGAACCUCUCUUCCAAAACGGAGUCAGCGUUCACUGGCUGGGUGACUUUGUGUUUGUGGAGAGUGGUUUGGGUGUCAGACUGAAGUUUGACAUGGAGAACACGGUGUAUCUGACCGUUACCGCUGAACACCUCACUGCCACCAGGGGGCUUUGCGGCGAUUAUAACAACAACCCAGAUGAUGACUUCACUACCAGCAGUGGAAGUGUGUCUCCGUAUGCUGCCAGCUUUGGAAACUCAUGGCGUGUUCAAGAUCAGCAAGGCCAGGUGUGUAGUGAUGCAGCAGAGUUGGGUCACAGUUGUGAUCUGUCCAGUGACGUUUCUCUCCGGCGGGACGCAGAAACAGCCUGUCACCGUCUCAAAGAGAGUCCGUUCUCACACUGCCAUCACCAGGUGGAUCCCGGUCCGUAUAUCGACACGUGUCUGUAUCUGUACUGCAGUGUGGAUGUGAAGGACAGAGAUACGGCAGUGUGCGACACGUUAGCCAGCUACGUGCGCGAGUGUGCGCAACAACACGUCAUCAUCCGCUGGAGGAGCGCCGGCUUCUGUGAGCGUGUUUGUCCGAGCGGUCAGGUGUUCUCUGACUGUGUGUCGUCCUGUCCCCCCACCUGCUCGUCUCCUCGUCCUCCGGCGUCGGGUCAGUGUCGGGACGAGUGUGUGGGGGGGUGCGAGUGUCCCCCGGGUCUCUACCUGCAUGCGGGUCAGUGUCUGCGACGGGACGACUGUCCCUGCUUCCACAGACGCCACAGCUACAGCGCAGGAGACGCCAUCAGACAGCGCUGCAACACCUGUGUGUGUCGCGCCGGUCAGUGGGAAUGUUCUGGAGAGAAGUGUGAAGCUCAGUGCGCUGUGAUCGGAGCGAUGCACAUCACCACCUUCGAUCAGAAGAGAUACGGCCUGCAGGCCGGCGACUGCCGCUUCACAGCUGUAGAGGAUUUUGUGGAUAAAAAGCUCUCUGUCAGCAUCAGCGGAGGACCGUGUGCAGGAGGAGCUGCUGGAUGUCUGAGAGAAAUGACGGUCACUGCGAUAAAUUUAAGUGUUGUUGUGUUGGUCUCAGGUUCGGUGAUGGUGAACGGUCAGCGGGAGCUGCUGCCGGUGAUCACAGGAGAUCUGAUGGUCAGAAAGGCUUCAUCCAGUGUUCUGCUGAUCCAGGCGUUUGGAGCUCAAAUGAUGUGGCAUCUGGACGGGCCUCUGCUCCUCAUCACCCUACAGCCGGGAUUCGCUCAUAAGGUUCGUGGUUUAUGUGGCACUCUGAGCUGGAGUCAGCGUGAUGAUUUCACCACACCUGAAGGUGACGUGGAGACCAGCGUGGCCUCUUUUGCUGCCAAGUUCAGAACAGGAUCAUGCCCUCUGCCCUCAGCGAUGACCUCUGACCCCUGCGGGACACACACACAGCGCAGACGGUAUGCAGAGAGCGUGUGCUCUGUGAUUCACAGCGCGGUGUUUCAGGCGUGUCAUGAUGUGGUGGACAGAGAGCCGUACAUGCGUCUGUGUCUCAGUGAAGUGUGCAGCUGCGGCCCGCAGAACUCCUGCCAGUGCACCGUCCUCACCGCCUUCGCCCGGCACUGCGCCCAAGAGGGGGCGCCGCUCAGCUGGAGAAACCGCACAUUCUGCUCGGUGCAGUGCUCUGGAGGGCAGGUGUAUCAGGAGUGCGGGCGUCUGUGCGGGACGUCCUGUGCUGAUCUGUGGGAUGGCUGGAGCUGUGAGGAGCAGGAGGGCAGCAGGGUCUGUGUGCCGGGGUGUCAGUGUCCGGAUGGACUGGCUCAGGACGAUCAGGGUCAGUGUGUGCCGGUGGACGUGUGUCCCUGCAGACAUGCAGAUGCGCUCCAUCCCGCCGGGAGCACCGUACAGAAGAACUGCAACCGCUGUGUUUGUGUGCGUGGCGUGUGGAACUGCACGGAUCUCUCGUGUCCUGAGGUCAAUCAGUGUCCGGGCUCUCUGGUCUUCUCUCCUCGAUCGUGUCUGAGGACCUGCUCCAGUCCGAACUCUCCUCUGGACGCGUGUGCUGAACCCGUCCACGGCUGCGUCUGUCCUGAGGGAACCGUGCUGCUGGGUGAUCAGUGUGUAAAGCCAGACGAGUGUCCGUGUCACCACAACGGCAGACUUUAUUUCACCAAUCACACCAUUUCUAAAGACUGCAACACUUGUGUGUGUCGUGAGCAGCGCUGGCACUGCGGUCAGUCGUUGUGUUCUGGCACCUGCGUGGCCACCGGUGACCCUCACUACAUCACGUUUGACGGCCGAUAUUACUCUUUCCUGGGCGACUGUGAGUAUGUUCUGGUGCAGGAGAGCAGCGGUUUGUUCAGCGUCAGCGCCGAGAACGUGCCCUGCGGCAGCACAGGAGUGACCUGCACCAAAUCUGUCACGCUGACCGUGGGAAACACGGCCAUACACCUGCUCAGAGGUAAAGCUGUGAUGGUCAACGGGGUUCCAGUGACUCUUCCAAAGUUGUAUUCGGGCAGUGGUUUGAUUCUGGAGCAGGUCGGAUUAUUUGUGUCCCUCUCGUCUCGACUCGGAGUCACUCUGCUCUGGGAUGGAGGAAUGCGUGUUUAUGUCCGGCUGAUGCCUCACUUGCGUGGCCAAGUCGGAGGAUUGUGCGGAAAUUUUGAUGGAGAUGCAGAAAAUGACUUCACCACAAGACAAGGCAUCAUGGAAUCCACUCCAGAACUGUUUGGAAACUCCUGGAAGAUCAGCCCGUCAUGCCCUGACGUCUCAGACCAGGAUCUCCGUGACCCCUGUGUUAUCAACCCUCACCGGGUGACGUGGGCCAAAAAGAAGUGUGCGGUGAUCAGUCAGGAGAUCUUCAGCUCGUGUCACUCAGAAGUGUCGUCUCAGCAGUACUACGACUGGUGUGUCUUUGACGCCUGCGGGUGUGACUCAGGCGGUGACUGUGAGUGUUUGUGUACGGCUGUAGCAGCGUAUGCAGAAGAGUGUAACCGCAGAGGAGCGUAUGUGCGCUGGAGGUCACAGGAACUCUGCCCGCUGCAGUGUGAGAACGGUUUGGUUUAUGAGGCCUGCGGCCCUGCCUGUUCUCCAGCGUGUCCCGGCACUCCUUCUGUGUCUGAUCCCCUCUGCAGCGCCCUCUCCUGUGUGGAGGGAUGUUUCUGUCCUCACGGCACUGUGAGACACGGUGACGUCUGUAUCCCUCCGUCUCAGUGUCCGUGUGAGUGGGACGGAUCUUUAUUUCCCGCAGGAGCGACUGUCACUCAGCACUGUCAGAACUGCUCUUGUUCUGAUGGUUUGUGGCGUUGUGUUGGAUCUCCAUGUCCUCCUCCGUCUCUGUGUGAGGACUCAGAGUUCCUGUGCUCCGGCGGCUCUCAGCGCUGUAUUCCCGCCGUCUGGCUCUGUGAUAAUGAGGACGACUGCGGCGACGGUUCGGAUGAGCUCUGUCCCUCCACCUGUCCUCCAGAUCAGUUCCGCUGUUCCGGCGGGGCCUGCUUACCGCUGGAGCUCAGGUGUAACGGCCAUCCCGACUGCGCCGACCAAUCAGACGAGGACUUCUGUGCCCCGAGCUCACCAGAGCCCGGCUGUCCGGCCGGAGAGUUCAGGUGUGUGAACGGACGCUGUCUGCCGGCUCAUAAAGUCUGUGACGGGAGGCUGGAUUGUGGAUUUGCUGAUGAUUCUGAUGAACACGACUGUGGCGUGUUGUGCAGACAGGACGAGUUCCGCUGUUCGUCGGGUCGUUGUGUGUUGUUCCUCCACCGCUGUGACGGUCACGAUGACUGCGGGGACUACAGCGAUGAGAGAGGGUGUGUGUGUGCCAUCGGAGAGCUGCAGUGUCCUGGAGAUCAGUGUGUGUCUGCAGAGAGAGUGUGUGACGGUCACAGGGACUGUCCAUCCGGCAUCGAUGAGCUCAUCUGUCCUGUCAAAGGAUGCAGUCAGUUUGAGUUCGGCUGCACUAGCGGUCAGUGUGUGCCGUUAGCGUGGCGCUGUGACGGCGAGACAGACUGUCUGGAUGGGAGCGAUGAGAAACGCUGUUCCCGCACAUGUCAGUCUGACCAGUUUCUGUGCCAGACCGGAGACCAGUGCAUCCAACACCAGCAGCUGUGUGACGGGACGCCCCACUGCAGAGACGCCUCAGACGAGAGCGUGGACAACUGCGAUAAAGUCAGUCCCACCACAGCGCCACCUAGUGAGGGAAACGCCAGUCGCGUUUGUCUGGAGUUCACCUGUGCUGAUGGAUCCUGUGUGCCCUUCAACGCGUUGUGUAACGGUGCAGCAGACUGUCCCGCAGACGCCUCAGAUGAGACGGGCUGUGGUGUCUGGGGUCCCUGGAGCUCCUGGAGCCCCUGCAGUCGAAGCUGUGGAUCAGGAACCAUGAGCCGACAGAGACGCUGCAGCCUGGAGGACUCAGACGGACACUGCAGAGGAGAGAAAACACAGGGACAGCAGUGCUACUCCACCGCCUGCCCCGUCGAUGGCUACUGGCUGCCAUGGGUCACGUGGUCGAACUGCAGUAAAGGUUGUGGCGGUGUUGAAGUCCGUCAGAGAGAGUGUUUCCCACCGCAGAACGGAGGCAGAACCUGUGCAGAACUACCUGGAGAAACUAACCUGACAACUGACAUCAAGCCAUGUCCUCAGGACGGCUGCGCUAACGUCUCUUGUCCCGUGGGCCUCGUCAGACAUAGCUGUGCGCCGUGCCCUUUGACCUGCGCUCACGUAUCCGGAGCAACAACAUGUGACCACAACUCCAGGUGUUUCACAGGCUGCUGGUGUCCUGAUGGGACGGUCAUGAAUCACGAGCAGCAGUGUGUUCGGCCGGAGGAGUGUGUGUGUGAGGUGUCUGGGGUUCGAUACUGGCCCGGUCAGCAGGUCAAAGUGGGCUGUGACGUCUGUGUGUGUGAGCAAGGACAAGCCCAGCGCUGUCACACCAACCCAGAGUGCUCAGUUCACUGUGGCUGGUCGUCCUGGUCUCGGUGGGGCGAGUGUUUGGGUCCCUGUGGAGUUCAGAGCGUCCAGUGGUCUUUCCGCAGCCCGAAUAACCCCUUAAAACACGGAAACGGCCGACAGUGCCGAGGAAUUUACCGGAAAGCACGACGCUGUCAGACGGAGCCGUGCAGUGAGUGUGAAUAUCAUGGACACGCACAUGCGGUGGGAGAGCGCUGGAAAGGCGGUCAGUGUCAGAUGUGCCAGUGUUUGCCUAACCUCACGGUGCAGUGCGUCCCGUACUGUCCUUACGCUGCCACUGGAUGCCCACAGGUGUGUGUGUGUGUGUGUGUGUGUGUGUUUUGUAAUGGCAGCACUAUCAUGACGACUACACCAAUGAUCCUGCCAAUAACACUCGGACCCUCCACACCACCAGAGGGCCCUCCGACCGUCCCGACGUACCCUCUGCCACCUGCAGAUGAGUGUUGGUCCGCUCUGGGCGUUCUCUCGCUCCCCGCCAGCAGCUUCAGCGCCUCGUCCCAUCAGCCCGGUCACCCUCCGUCAGCGGGACGUCUGCACGCUCGGGACCCCCACAGCGACCUGCAGGGCUGGAGCCCGGAGCCAGAGGAGUACAGAGAGCUCCCGGCCGGGACCCCUGAGGAGCACAGACACUCGUCACGCGGGCCGUACCUCCAGAUAGACCUGCUCAGACACUACAACAUCACAGGCGUGUUGACGCAGGGUGGCGGCGUGUUUGACACGUUUGUUUCCAGCUUCUAUCUGCAGUUCAGCAACGACGGACGUCAGUGGUUCACAUAUAAAGAGCUGAUCACAGACGCCAGACCCAAAGCUAAGGUGUUUGAGGGAAACCGUGAUGACCGUGGCAUAGCUUUGGCCCGUCUAGACCGGAUGGUGUCGGCUCGCUUCGUACGAAUUCUGCCUCAUGAUUUUCAGAAUGGAAUCUAUCUGAGAGUUGAAGUCAUGGGCUGCGCUGAUGGAACUCGUCCCGCUCCUACCAGAAGGCCGGCGGUCUGCCCGUCGGGUCAGUUCUCCUGUCCUCCUCCAGGAGGCUGCAUUGAGGCGCAGCGCCGCUGUGAUGGAGUUCCUCACUGUCCUGAUGGAGCGGAUGAGAGAGACUGCACACACACAAAUAUUACCCACGUCACCCCCACCGCCGCCCCUCUCCGGACGCCCAGCAAGAAACCCGUGACCACUCAGAGUGCCCUGACCACAACUGAAGGAGGACCUGGUCAGAAAGGUGUCUGUUCUUCUGCUCUGGGAUUGGAGGAUGGGCAUAUCCAUUAUGGUCAGCUGACCUCGUCCUCAUACAGAGAGAAUAAUCCUGCAGACGCAGGCCGGCUCAACGUCGUACCCAAUGUGAUGGUGAUGGAGCCCGGAUGGAGUCCGUUACCUGGAGACCCUCAUCCGUAUUUCCAGGUGGAUUUCCUGGAGCCCACGUGGAUUUCAGGUGUGGUGACGCAGGGUAGUGAACGCAUGUGGGGAUACCUGAGCAAAUACAGACUGGCCUUCGCUUUAGUGGAGAACCACUUCCUCAACUUCACUGAGACUGGAGACAGAGGCUCUCCUCCGAAGAUAUUUGAGGUGAGGAUGGUCAGCCGGACGCCCGUCACACGCUGGUUGGACAGAUUGGUCCGAGCUCGGUUUCUCCGGAUCAUUCCUGUAGAGUUUCGCCACACUUUCUACCUCCGUGUGGAGGUGCUGGGCUGUAGAGGAGAUGAGUUGGUCACACCCAGGAGUGAAGUGACCACAGCGCCACCUGGUGUUCCAGGAUUACAGACCCACACCGGCCCAACGGGACAUCCUGGUCACUAUAACUACACCUCUGGACGUCCCGGACUUCACACCACGAGUCCACAGGACGGCAGCCCAGGAGUAGCUCCACCGACCCACAUCACAACAGCGCCACCUGCUGUCGGUCCGACGGGAGAACCGGGCGUUCAUGUUCUGACGCCUACACCCUUCUUCAACACGACAGGAUUCUGGGAUACAUCUACACCCCCUGAUGAUGGCUUACCCAGAGUUGUGUGCGUGGAAGGACAGUUCGCCUGCAGGACGUUUGGUUGUGUGGAAGCUGCUCUUGUGUGUGACGGCCGUGAGGACUGUCCCGACGGAUCCGAUGAAGAUCGCUGUGGGUCCGUCACACCCUCUCAGCACCCCCUGCUGCCCAAACUCUGCUCCUCCAAACAGUUCAGCUGCUGGAGCGGCGAGUGUGUGAGUUUGGAGAAGAGAUGUGACCUGCGCAGAGACUGUGCUGACGGCUCGGACGAGAGCGACUGCUUCGACUGUAUUCUGUCUCCCUGGACGUCCUGGAGUCAGUGCAGCGUGUCGUGUGGUCUGGGGUCGCUUUUCCGCCAGAGGAACAUCCUGAGAGACGCCCGGUCGGGCGGAUCCUGCGGCGGCGCUCAGUUCGACAGCCGCGCGUGUUUCCUGCAGGCCUGUCCUGUGGACGGUCAGUGGUCGGAGUGGACGCAGUGGUCCGGUUGUGACGUCCCGUGUGGUGGAGGACUGAUGGUGAGGAACAGGACCUGCUCGAACCCUCCGCCCAAAAACGGUGGGAGAGACUGUGAGGGGAUGAGCAGACAAACACACACGUGUAACACGCAGACCUGCGGCCCAAACACAGACACACAGAGCGGCUGCACUGGAGGAAUGAUCCUGGUGGAGGAGUCGGAUUGUUUGGCUGGAAAAAUCAAGCCGUGUCCUGUGACCUGCUCUGACCUUCAUUCUGAGAGGAACUGCACCUUAAACUGCACUACAGGAUGUCGUUGUCCUCAUAAGCUCUUACUGCAAGAGGGCCGUUGUGUCAAUGCCAGUGAAUGUGAGUGUUUAUGGGAAGGUUCGGUCAUCCGGCCUGGUCAGGACGUCAGUAACAGCAGCUGCAGCACAUGUGUGUGUAAAGAAGGUCGUGUCACCUGUGAUGAAUCCAGCUGUGCCGCUCGCUGUGAUUGGUCGGCCUGGUCUUCAUGGACGUCAUGUGACAGCAGCUGUGGGACAGGAAUAGAGCACCGUUACAGAUCUCCUCUGAGUCCAGUGGGAGCGGGGAAUGUGGAGCCGUGUGAAGGAGACUCUACUGAAGCCCGUCGGUGCUACUCGUCCUGCUCAGAGGGUCCUGAGGGAGUGUCGUGGAGCGAGUGGACGCUGUGGUCCGAGUGCAGUAAGACGUGUUUUCAUCAUGUGGACGCCGUGGGACUGAGGCGGCGCUUCAGGAGCUGUAAUCACACACUCACCGGCGCCUCCUGUGGAGGAGAGGCGGAAGAACACGAGCCGUGCAACACCAUCCACUGCCCCGUGAACGGCGGCUGGUCGUCCUGGUCGAGCUGGUCUGUGUGUUCGUCUGAGUGUGACUCUGGUGUUCAGACGAGAGAGCGCUUCUGCAGUUCUCCUCCGCCGCUGUACGAAGGCCUCGGCUGUCCCGGGCCGCACAUACAGACACGAGACUGCAACGUCCAGCCCUGCUCUGGUGUGUGUCCAGACGGCAUGAGCUUCCUGUCUAAGGCUCAGUGCGAGGCUCAGGGCGGCGCGUGUCCACGAGUGUGUCUGGAUGCCACGGUGGAUGUGGAGUGUGCCACCGAGUGUUAUGAUGGCUGUUACUGCUCUCCUGGUUUCUAUCUGUUCAAUAACACCUGUGUGCCUCUCUACCGCUGCCCGUGUUACCAUAAGGGGGCGCUGUACAUGCAGGGAGACAGCGUGCCCAACGACAGCUUGAACGGCGGCUGGUCGUCCUGGUCGAGCUGGUCUGUGUGUUCGUCUGAGUGUGACUCUGGUGUUCAGACGAGAGAGCGCUUCUGCAGUUCUCCUCCGCCGCUGUACGAAGGCCUCGGCUGUCCCGGGCCGCACAUACAGACACGAGACUGCAACGUCCAGCCCUGCUCUGGUGUGUGUCCAGACGGCAUGAGCUUCCUGUCUAAGGCUCAGUGCGAGGCUCAGGGCGGUGCGUGUCCACGAGUGUGUCUGGAUGCCACGGUGGAUGUGGAGUGUGCCACCGAGUGUUAUGAUGGCUGUUACUGCUCUCCUGGUUUCUAUCUGUUCAAUAACACCUGUGUGCCUCUCUACCGCUGCCCGUGUUACCAUAAGGGGGCGCUAUACAUGCAGGGAGACAGCGUGCCCAACGACAGCUGUAACAACUGCACGUGUGUUAAUGGAGAGAUGCAGUGUGGAACAGCGCCCUGCCCUGUGGAUUGUGGGUGGAGUGAGUGGACGGCCUGGAGCGCAUGCAGUCGCACAUGUGACGUGGGCAUCAGACGCCGCUACCGUUCAGGAACCGAUCCAGCGCCGGCGUUUGGUGGCCGUGCGUGUGAGGGCGAGCGCAUCGGACUGGACACAUGCAGCAUUACACCUUGUUUCGGAGUGAAGGGCCCGUGGAGCCCGUGGUCCGAGUGUUCGGUUCCCUGCGGCGGAGGAUACAGGAGCAGAACCAGAGGUCCGGUCAGGACUCACGGGACGCCUCAGCAGUUCAGCGCCUGUAACCUGCAGCCCUGCGGGAAUGGAAGCGCUUGUACAGAAGGUCAGGAGUGGGUCGCGUGUGUGAGAGAGGAGCUGCUGUGCUCAGAUUUGGGGACGGAGGUCCAGAGAAACACCAGCUGUCUGCCUGGGUGCCAGUGUCCCGAUGGGUCGGCCCUACAGGAUGGCGAGUGUGUGUCUCUGUCGCUCUGUCGCUGUCAUGUUGAUGGAGAGCAGCACAAACCCGGAGCCACAGUCACCAAAAACUGCAACAACUGCACGUGUGAAUCAGGAAAGCUGGUGGACUGUAUGAGUGUGGAGUGUGACGUGGAUGGCGGCUGGUCGUCCUGGACUCCGUGGAGUGUGUGCUCUGUGACGUGUGGCGCUGGUCUGCAGUCGCACUAUCGCUUCUGUUCGGAUCCGGAGCGAGCUGGGAACGGACUGCCCUGUGUGGGACCGGACCGAGAGGACAGAGUGUGCACUUCAACACCCUGCAGCCGAGACGGAGGCUGGAGUGACUGGUCGUCCUGGACAGACUGCAGUAAGUCGUGUGGUGGAGGAGUGAAGAGCCGCAGACGGGACUGUGAUCGGCCCGUCAGAGGAGGAGACGGAGACUAUUGUGAAGGACUGGGAACGGAAGUCAUCCUGUGUAACACACACCACUGUCCAGUGUCAUCAUGUUCACACGUGCCAGGAAGUGUGUUCAGCGCCUGCGGACCCUCGUGUCCACGAUCAUGUGACGACCUCACUUGUGUGGAGCGGGACACAUGUCCCUGUCUGAACCCGCACACAGGACAACGGGUCCGUCCCGGAGAGACCGUCCCGACUCCAGACUCCUGCAACAACUGCACCUGUGAGGGAGGGAGACUCGUCUGCGGUGAACAGCCGUGUCCAGUGGAUGGAGGCUGGUGUCAGUGGUCCGAAUGGAUGCCCUGCUCAAAGACCUGUGGGAUGGAGUGGGUGUCCCGCUACAGGAGCUGCGCCUGUCCUGAACCCAGAUCAGGAGGAGCGGCGUGUCCAGACCAGCAGGAGGAACACGCCGGACUGGGAGUCCAGAUCCAGAGACAGCCGUGCCCAUCCGUCUCCUUCUGCCCCGUCCACGGCUCAUGGGGCUCCUGGAGCUCGUGGUCGGACUGUGACGCGUGUGCCGGUGUGUCUGUCAGACAGAGGCAGUGUAACAGUCCUCCGGCGCGGUUCGGCGGUCUGUCCUGCCUCGGAGAGAGUCGGCAGAGCCGCGGCUGUCAUGAUAACAUCACCGUCUGCUCAGACUGUGGAGGAGGACAGGAGCAGUGGCCCUGCGGGAAGCCCUGUCCGCGCUCUUGCUCCGAUCUGCACGGAGACACGGAGUGUGUGGAUUCACCGGGAUGCAGCUCGACCUGCGGGUGUCCAGGAGACAUGCUGCUGCAGGACGGCCUGUGUGUGGACCGAGAGCUGUGCCGCUGUAAAUAUCACAACAUCAGCGCAGGAAUAGACACAGGCAAUGUUUCCUGGUCAAGGCCGGAAGCAUCAGACUGGCAUCAUGUGGCUCCAGGAGAGACCAUCAGCACUGACUGUCAAAACUGCACCUGUGAAGCAGGUGUCCUUCAGUGUGACUCAGUUCCUGGUUGCCAUGUCGACGGCAGCUGGGGCCAAUGGGCUCCCUGGUUGGAAUGCUCCGCCCGGUGUGGAGGCGGGGUUAAGAUCCGGACACGUGAGUGUGAUAACCCCGCCCCUCAGAGCGGCGGCAGAGAGUGUGUGGGAUCCGGCCGACAGCAGACAGCCUGCAACACACACAGCUGCACAGACUCUGGUCCGUGGUUCGACUGGUCAGCGUGGUCAAACUGUUGUGUGUGUUUGUAGGAAUGUCCAUGUCUGGUGGACACUGACUUCCUGACCUCUUUACAAAGUGUGUCGGCGACCCCUGACCUGACCCCUGACCUCCAGAACAUCACACUGGGGUCCGAGCUGCUGUCUGGAGAGGAGCUGAUGCAUGAAUGCAGUUCCUGCUCGUGUGAACAUGGACUGUGGAACUGCUCUCUGGUUCCGUGUCCCCGCGACGGAGGCCUGUCUCCUUGGGGCCCCUGGGGCCCGUGUUCACUCAGCUGUGGGGGUCUCGGUCAGAAGACUCGCAGCAGAACCUGUAACCAGCCCAGUCCUGCUCACGGGGGCCGAGACUGUGACGGGCCCCUGCUGGACACAGCCUACUGCCAGACACCCGACUGCCCACUGGACGGAGGCUGGUCUCGCUGGAGCUCUUGGUCCCGCUGUGAUAAAGCCUGCGGCGGUGGACGCUCCAUCAGGACCCGCUCCUGCUCCAGUCCUCCACCCAAAAACGGAGGCCGCAAAUGCACAGGAGAGAAGAACCAGGUCAAACCCUGCAACACCAAACCCUGCGAUGAUGAGGGCUGUCCGGCGGGACAGGAGUUUGUGUCGUGUGCUAAUGAGUGUCCUCAGCGCUGCUCAGAUCUGCAGCAGGGCAUCGAGUGCCAGAGAAACACUGAGUGUCAGCCGGGCUGCCGCUGCCCGCGAGGUCAGUUGCAGCAGGAUGGCGUGUGUGUUCAGACGUGGCAGUGUGACUGUCUGGAUGCGUUGGGUCAGAGCUGGGCCGCAGGCAGCACACAUCAGGUGGACUGCAACAACUGCAGCUGCGCAGACGGGCGGCUCACCUGCACUAAUCACAGCUGCGCAGGAGAGCACAGCUGCACCUGGAGCUCCUGGUCCACCUGGGCCUCCUGCAGCUCCACCUGCGGCCCUGGACAGAGGACUCGAUUCAGCUGCCUGUUCGAGGAAGUCCAGCACAAACCAUGUGACCUCGGCGUGUGUCCCCCGCUGUGUGUCCAUGAUGAGCAGGAACUGUCUGUCGGAGACACGUGGUUAGAAGGGGAAUGUAAGCAAUGCACCUGCAUCCCUGAAGGAGACUAUUGCCAAAAUAUAGACUGUCGAGUGGACGGUGGAUGGACCUCGUGGUCUGUGUGGUCAGACUGUCCCGUGACGUGUGGGAAGGGUAAACAGAUCCGCACCCGCGCCUGUAUCAACCCUCCACCGCGAAACAACGGCACCGACUGCACUGGACCUGAGAGAGACACCCAGAACUGUCACGCUGCACCUUGUCUUGAUGACCUUUGCCCCUGGUCCCCGUGGUCGUCCUGUUCGCGCAGCUGCGGCGCAGGCGUGAUCUCCAGACGCCGUCAGUGUGUGUGUGAGGAGACAGAAGAUCCCGCGUGUCCUCCAGACAUCCAGAGGGACGCAGAGGAGACGCAGCUGUGUUAUAAGAGACCCUGUCCAGCCUGUCCCGUGUCUGAAUGGAGUGCGUGGAGCGACUGCUCCUGUGUGUCUCAGUAUCAGCAGCGCUUUCGUGCGCCGCUCAUCUCGGCCAGCGGUGGGCAGCACUGCUCUGAUCUCGAGAGACAGAGCCGGCCCUGUAAACCUGACAGCUGCACAGAUUGUGAGAAACCCUUCCUGUUCUCUGAAUGUGGGUCUCCAUGUGAGAAACACUGUGAUCUGUCGGGUCAAACGCACUCGUGUUCGUCCCAGAACUGCACACCCGGCUGCUUCUGUGCGGAGGGUCUCCUGCAGCAGAACGGAUCAUGUGUUCGUCCGGAUCAGUGUGGCUGUGUCCAUCUCCUCCAUCAGGGCUCAGACAGACCUGUGGCCGUCACUGGCCCGCAGGGGGCGCUGCUGACCGUGGGCUGCAGAACAUGUCUUUGUCAUGACGGCUCUCUGCAGUGUGAUUUACGGGAAUGUAAAGGUAUAGCGCUUCUAUUUUUACCCGAAGAGUGUGAUGAAGAGCUGGAGGAAGAGCGAAUCUGCCCGCAGUCUGACAUCUGCACCGAUGUGUGCCACUGGAGCUCAUGGAGCGGCUGGAGUGUGUGUAGAGACCCCUGCAGCGGAGGAUACCGGCAGAGAGAGCGCCGACCUCUGACCUCUGACCCCGGACCACACUGCAGGAACCUACAGACGCAGUCUCAGAGCUGCAACACUGGCCUCUGUCCCGGUGAGCAUUGUGAGGACAGGGGGAGGGUCUAUGAUGACUCCUGCGCCAAUCAGUGUCCCCGCAGCUGCGCUGACCUGUGGGAUCACGUCCAGUGUCUGCAGGGCACCUGUCAUCCAGGCUGCCGCUGUCCAGACGGCCGGCUGCUGCAGGACGGAGGGUGUGUGCGGGUGGACGAGUGUCGCUGUGGGCUUCCGCUGGAGAACGGGACGCUGGAGAUCCGACCCGGAGAGAACGUCACCCUCAGCUGCAACACCUGUGUGUGUGUAAAUGGCUCUCUGGUGUGUACGGAUCACGUGUGUCCGGUCUACGGUCCGUGGGGAUCGUGGGGUGAGUGUUCGGUGUCGUGUGGGACAGAGGGACAGAGGACACGCAGACGGUCCUGCAAACACACGACCGGAGGACCGACCUGCGCCGACUCCAUCCAGAGUGAAAGCUGCUCACUGCUGCCCUGUCCAGAUUGUCCUGCUGGUCAGGUGUUCAGCUCUUGUGCAGGAUCCUGUCCGUACAGUUGUGAGGAUCUGUGGCCCCAAAAUCAGUGUGUGCCGCUGACCUGCAGUCCUGGGUGCAGCUGCCCGCCUGGAGCCGUGAUGCUGAACGGAAGCUGUGUUCCUCAAUCCCAGUGUCCUUGUUCUGUGGUCUCGCUCCCGCUGACGUCCCAAAACCUCACCCUGGACCUCCAGGAACAGGAAGUUCCUGCAGGAACCGUCAUUCCAGACUCCUGCAACUCAUGUGUCUGUGAAGGUGGGAUCUUUACCUGCACUAACGAGUCAUGUGAUGCGUGUCCAGAGGGUGAGCGUUGGCUCUGGAGUGAGUCCGCAUCGGGGCGAGUGUGUGAGAGGGGGUGUUUGGACCUGUACAGCCCUGAACCGCUCAACUGCACGGGCCCCGGGGCCACAGAGGGCUGUGUGUGUGAGGAGGGCCGGUAUCGGAGCCUGGAGGGCCGGUGUGUGAUUCCAGCACUGUGUCAGUGUGAAGAGGAAGACGGGACGCUUCGGGAGCCGGGGUCCGAGUGGGUGGAAGGCUGUCAGUCAUGUCGCUGUAUCAAUGGCCAGAAACGGUGUCAAUCAAACUGUCCUCCCCUUCACUGCUCUGAGGGUGAAGUGAAGGUGCUGGAAGCGGAGAGCUGCUGUCCCGUGUGCCGCAGAGAGUUUCCAGAGGAUCCGGUUGCCGAGUGCCGUCGUUACACUGAGGUCAGGAACAUCACCAAGGGCGACUGUCGCCUGGACAACGUGGAGGUCAGCUUCUGCAGAGGACGCUGUUUGUCCCGGACCGAUGUCAUUCUGGAGGAGCCGUAUCUGCAGGCGUUCUGUGACUGCUGCAGCUACAGGCUGGACCCGCAGAACCCCGUGCACUUCCUCAGCCUGCAGUGUGCCAGCGGAGACGUCGAGCCCGUCGUUCUGCCCGUCAUUCACAGCUGCGAGUGCACCAGCUGCCAGGGUGGGUAA